AUGAACAAGGUCCGCAAUCAUCUUACGGAUUCAUUUGGCACCGUCCCGGAAACUGCUCGCUAUUACAAGGCACAUGGAGCGAGUUGGAAACAAGGAAUGCUCCCAUUGACAUUCGCAAAUCCUGCUGACUAUGACAAGAUUGACUCUGGUGAUAAGGUGUCGAUCGUUGAGAUUUCACUCAAUCACACUUUCAACGAACAACAAAUAGAAUGGUUCAAAGCAGGAUCUGCCUUGAACAGAAUGAAGCAGGUUCUAGCCCCGAAGUAG